GCGUGGAGCUGAAUGUACGUAGUUUUGCUGAUCUUGUCAGUUGUCAUGAUCCCACGGUCGGCGCUCGCAUUGGAGAGGCGAGUCAUCCAGGACCUUUCACAGCAUUCCAAGAUGACAGUGCUUUGCAGCUAGCUCGAGGCAUGAAUGGGACCGACUAUGUCAGUAAAUUUCUCAACUCCAACCCGGAUGCAGCACCGAUGCUGGUGUCGGCGCUCUUUCGUGCAACAGCAUGCUUCGCCAAUCACCCCCAUGGCGUUAGUGUUGUCAGUGAGCCUGUAUGCCAUUGCCGGGACUUAAAGCUCAGUUCGACUGUCGAUGUGCUGGUGAGCUGCUUGAAGGGACCCUUGGCGCGCCUUACAGAGCACCGUUUCGACUGCAGGGUUGCACAGGCUGCCUUACGAGAGGCAACGCCAGAGCCUCAGCAGUGUUUUGCUUCGGAGCUCCAGGGCCCAGUCAUCAGCAUUUGCCAGCACCUUCAUGCCAAUUUCGCAUUGCAUUUGUGCUUUGAGCUGCUGGAACCUCAUUUUGAUGCAGUCUCAGUCGCAGUUCAAGUCUGUGGUUGCAGUGUCCUGCAGAGGUUGAUUGAGCACUGUUCAUGUGAGCCACCACUCAUCGUUGAAAAUGUCGGGAAACUGCUUGCCAAACAGGUCGACGCGAUCCCAUGCCCAAAGUCGCGGAUCUCGGAUGUCCCUCGUCGAGGCCUGAAUGGGACCGAUGUUGUCAGCAAAUUUUUCAGUUCCAAUCCCGAUGCAGCGCCAAUGCUGGUGUCGGCGCUCGUCCGCGAAGUAGCAUACUUGGCCGGUCACCCCCAUGACACUGGUGUUGUCAGUGAGCCUGUAUGCCCAUGCCAGGACCUAAAGCUCAGUUCUCUUGUCGAUGCGAUUUCGAGCUCAUUGAAGGGCUCCUUCGUGCGCCUUACCGCGCACCGUUUCGGUUGCAGGGUCGCGCAGGCUGCCUUACGAGAGGCCACACAGGAGUCUCCGCAGUGGUUAGUUUCGGAGCCCCAGGGCCAAGACCUCAGCAUCUGCCAGCGCCUUCUUGUUAAUCUCGUGCUGCAAUGGUGCAUUGAUUUGCUGGAGCCUCACUUCCAUGCAGUCCCAGUCGAGGUUCAUGUUGGUGAUUGUCGUGUCCUGCAGCGGUUGAUUGCGCACUGUUCAUGUAUGCCACUCCUUUUCCAACUUGUUGACCCCAUGCCGGGCAUCGUUGAAAAUGUCAAGAAGCUGCUUGCCAAACAGGCCGAUUCGACCCAUUGCCCAAAGCUGCUGAUCUCGGAUGUAGCUUGUGUUGAAAAACUCGCCCGAAGCUCGAGCAAAUGUCUUGACCCCAACCCCACUGCAGCGCCAUUGCUGGUGUCGGAUUUUCUCCCUGCAGUUGCAUGCAUUUCCAGUCACCCCCGCGGCGACGGUGUUGUCGUUGAGUCUGUAUGCCAUGGCCAGGACUUACAGCUCAGCCUUGAUGUCGAUGCGAUUUCGAGCUCCUUGAAGGGCUCAUUGGUGCGCCUUGCCAAGCACCGUGUCGGCUGCAGGGUCGCGCAGGCUGCCUUACGAGAUGCAAGUCUGCGUGCAGUGAGUUUUGCAGAGCCUAGCCAGCAGCUACCUCCUCAGGUGCAGGUGUAUCCUUGGCCNNCGUUUUCCGAGUCUGAGGUGAUCUUCUUGCCUUCCGAGGUUCCUGAGGUGCAGGUGCCUUGCAGCCUCCUUGAGGCUCCUGUCAAUGCAGAGGUCCCAGGUGCCGAAGGCCAGGUCACAGGUGCCAAAGGUCCCAGGUACAUUGCAGAGGUCCGUGAAGAGGUCUCAGGUGCCAAAGGUCCCGCGUGCAUUGCAGAGGUCACAGGUGCCAGAGGUCCCAGGUGCAGUGCAGAAGUCCCAGGUGCCAAAAAGGCAACGCCGGAGUCUCUGCAGUGGCUGGUUUCGGAGCUCCAGGGCCAAAUCCUCAGCAGUUGCCGGCACCUUCAUGCCAACUUCGUGCUGCAUGUGUGCAUUGAGCUGCUUGUGCCUCACUUCGAUGCAGUCUCAGUCGCGGUUCAUGUUGGUGAUUGUCGUGUCCUGCAUUGGUUGAUUGAGCUCGGUUCUUGUAAACCUCAACUUACCCAACCUGUUGAUUCCAUCCUGGGCAUCGUUGAAAAGGUUGAGAGGCCGCUCACCCAACAGGCCGAAUCGACCCUGUGCCCCAAGCUGCGUAGCUUGGAUGCAGCUUGCGUUGCAAGGCUCGCCCGCAGCUUGAAUGAGACCGAUGUUGUUAGCACAUGUCUCGGCCCCAACCCCAAUGCAGCGCCAAUGCUGGUGUCGGACUCAACCGCAUUAAAAAAUGCCAAACUGCAUAGCCUGAAGGGCAAGACUGCAUUUUGCCAGAUUUGGCAAAGAUCUGGCAAAAUCACUUUGGGCCAAUUGACCCCUCAAUUUCUCAGCUCCAACCCCGAUGCAGCGCCAACGCUGGUGUCGGCUGUUUUCCCUGAAGUGGCAUGCUUGGCCAGUCAACCCCACUACGAUGGUGUUGUCGCUCAGCCCGUAUGCCAUGGCCAGGACUUCAAGCUGCGUUCUGCUGUCGACGCGAUGUUGAGCUCCUUGAAGGGCUCAUGGGUGCUGGUUUCGGAGGUCCAGGACCAAACCCUCAGCAGUCGCCAGCACCUUCAUGCCAACUUCGUGAUGCACCUGUGCAUUGAGCUGCUGGAGCCUCACUUUGAUGCAGUCUCAGUCGCAAUUCAUGUUCUUGGUAGCCGAGUCCUGCAGUGGUUGAGUGUGCACGGCUCAUGUGAGCCACAACUUAUCCAGCUAGAUGACUCCAUGCUGGACAUCUUUGAAAACGUCGAGAAGCGGCCUACUGUUCAGGCCGAUUCGACCCUGAGCCCAAAGCCGCGGAUCUCGGAUGUAGCUUGCGCUUUGCAACCGGCCCGCAGCCUAGGCUUAAAGCUUCGUUCUGAUGUCGAUGUGCCGUUGAGCUGGUUGAAGGGGCCCUUGGGCCAACGCCUCAGCGUCUGCCAGCACCUCCGCGCGAACGUCGAUCGUCUCGCUUACCGCAUGCCAUCCUCAGCCGACUUAAUCGUGCGCUCGGCAUCUAAGGUCCCAUCCUCGACUCAGGAGCGUGCCACCACUGACACUAGGCAACAGCCCGCAACAUGGUCAUGCAUCGCUGGCCCCUUGAGAUGGUUGCGUGACGCGGUGAACCGUUGGUGCCCGUUGGAGCCGCGCCUAACCCAGAGCCACGACCCCAGCGUGGGUGUGCGAAUCGGGGAAGCGAGCCACCCCGGCCCCGGCAUGCAGAUUGACCUUGGCAACCUCAACGCGUUGUUGGGGCCGGCCAUUCUGCAACAGAUUCAAGAGCAAAUUCAAAGAGCGGUCGCGCAAGCUGUGCAACAGGCUUUACAAGGUUUGAACUUGGAAGGGGCCUCCUCGGUGCCUGCGUCGCGGGCUUCCGCUCCUAAUGCCCGUCCGACUCCACACGAGAAUGAGGAUGAGGUAACGUUGCCGCCGCCGUUUCUCCACCUGCGUCUACGCCGGAGCUUCCGCGUGAGCCCCGCGCCGGUCAGCGACUUCACCCUUCGGCCUGAAGACUGGGAUGCUCCUAUCGUCACUUUCGAACAGCUGGCGACCUUCAUCGAAAAGGCCAAAGAAGGAACCACGGUAGAGGCUGUCGUGCAUGUCAGCAAGGAACAAGAAGCUGUCACUGCCAGUCUCAUCCGGGGAGCUGGGCGGCCCUACAAAUUCCUGGUUCUUUUCUUGGACAAAUCAGAAGGAUCCCGCCGGACUCCGGGCACGAUUGACGGCAAACUUGUGUUUCGGCAAGCAGUUGUCAAAGAACUUUCGUCGGACGCGGGAGGGUCGGCUCCCAGACCUAAGGGCGCUGGCGCCACCGCUGUUAAGAUGCAGCCGUCCGUUGACACGGUCGUUAUCUUUCUGCGGGUCCUUAAAUCGUUUGCCCCGGCAGAGCAAUGGAAAGGUUUUGGUCUUAACCCGAACAAGACCGUUGUGCAGUGGGCAAGUCAACACCGAGUCCGCGUGCUUGACACUUUCUCCUGGGCUCUUGAGAAACCUCGCGCGGAAGCGGGCGAGCAGUACUACGGCAUGGCACGUGUGCGGAAAAGUGACUUAGAGGCUUUUCUAAAGUUGUCAGGGCAGCAAGGAGUUUUUGUCGACACCGCUCGUCGCCACGGCAUCCAGACCAGCAUCUCCUGGAUUGACAAGCUGCCGGGCGAAACCACUAGCGCCUAUCAUGAGAGGGCCGUUCGCCAGGGAGCCGACCUUGGUGUAGUCGUCAGAGCCAAUAAAUUGGCGUGGCGUAAGAAGCUUGCUGAGGGUGAAGUCGAGAAGCGCAUGUGGCAAAUUGAUGGUCUGCCGAUAGAGUGGGAUGAGGAUGGAGUUACGAAGCUCCUGGAAUCCGCCUUUGCCGAAAUCCAGAUCCUGACCCACAGGCGAACCAAGCUAGGCCAAAACUUCCGGUUCAAGGCUGCUGCGAGCCAAAAAGACAAAGACCUGAUCCCUCUUGUUGCCGAACAGGACGGUAUCACCACGACGUACUGGGCUUCUUGGGCUCUCCCGGCCAAUGUCUCGAUCCGUCGCAAGCCCUUGCCUCGCAAGGCUGUGCCUGUCGCCCAGAUCCCUGCCAUCAAGACCACCACUGUGGCUACCCCUGCUGUCCAGGAGGAAACCCAAGCCCACGAUGGCGACCAGGAUAUGGAGGCUAAGGACAAGCCGAAGCCUGAGCCUAAACGGGUGAAGCAGGAGGUGAAGGUUCCUCCCGAGGACCUUCAGCUCAAACCCAUGCCGAAAGACGGCUCGUGCCUUUUUCACGCCGUCAGCGAGGGUUUGAAGUGGCUGCAAGAUGAGCGGGACUCCCACCCUCGGGUUCUCAGAGCUCAGGUGCUGGAGCACAUGAAGCGCCAUCGCGACACGUACUUGCCAGAAUGGGACAAGAUGGAUCCCAAAGGGCAGCCCUUUUCAGGAACGUUUGAAGAAUACUUGGCUGCCAUGGAGCAACCAACCGCUUUCGCCAGUGACAUCGAGUUCAAAGCAUUGGCUCGGUUGCUGGACAUCAAAUUGGUC